AUGCCAUUCGACUUCGAUGCAUAUGAUAGGAAGUGCUCGCAGAUGUCACCGGAGGAACUACACCUCGAAUGGAAUCACUAUACACGCCUCAUCAGCGGCGCGGCCGCCUCGGCUACUCUUGGUGGAUCAGCACUGGUGUUUACUGGGGGCGUUAGUAUAAUUGGAGUUGCCAUUGGGUCCGCAGGCUUUUACAAUGCUCGAAAGAAGCGCCAAAUCCUCAAACGACAUCUUGACCAAGAGCAUCGAAGGAAUCGUAAGCGAGAUAUGGUGGGAUCGGCUGCUUUCAAUGGUGCUGUGGGACUGACGACGCUCGGGUUGGGGACUCUGGGCGCUGAGAGAGUACUGGAGCUUGGUAUUGAAAACGGGGUUUUUGGACCCGCAGCUAAAACGGGUGUCAACGUUGCAACUGGAGUGGUGGUAAAUGGAGUCAAUACGGCUGCUGAUGAUAGAUACCAUACAAAUAAGAAAAAGAGAGAAGCGAAACGCACUGGUCUAGUUGUCGAGAGGAAACAUAAGGACGGACAUAAGAAGCGCAGUUCAAGAGUGGUCAGUUCAAUCGAUCAACGUUGA